ACAAAGUUCCUUUUUAGAUGUCGAGUUCUCUGUUCGAUCUUUUUCAAUGAUUGUGAUAUUUCAUUCAGAUAUUUGUCAAUAUGAUCCACAAACCCACCGAACGCAAGUGACACAGUUUAGUCCCUAUUUUGCUAAAGAGUGCGUUCAUCUGAAGGAAUUCAUUCACUGCUGCAGUCGGGGCAGAAUUCCAGCGAGGAAGACCCCACAGGCGCAGCGCGACGGCCCGAGCCGCGCGCCCGCACCGCCCACCACUCGCGGGGCAGACAUGGCAGACGACGCAUCGCCUGACGACUCCUUCGGGCCCUCCUUUCAGGAGGUGCCCACGGACUCGAGGGAGUCCAUAAUAAAGACUGUGCUGCACAUGCUGGAGGACAACAUUGCACACUUCAAAAACGACGACUCUGAGCACGGACAGCGGCUGCAUAGCGGGUUCGUGGUUCUGAAGGAGAACCUAAACAAAGUGACAGUUCUCUCGGAGUCUGUCAAAAAGGAGGCUCACCUCUUCGACUUUGACUCGGACACGCCAGGGAAUGGCUACAGGAGCUUCAACAACAUCGUUCAGCAGGCCACCGUGUGUGUGUUCGACCUCUGCAAGCAAGUGUGCACGACCAGAGACUCGAUCCUGAGGUUCAGGAAGGGACACUUUGUCAGGGAAGUUGAAGCUUGGGGCCAAACCCUUGCAUCACUUGUCACCCUUUUUGAAUACAUUGAUGAAAUGCUCUUGCCGAGAUGUGAAGAUGGCAACCUUCUCUCAGCUGUUACCAGUUCCCCCAACGAGUUAAUGAGUAUGCUGAAUACAGUGCCACAGUACUCAUUCUAUGGACGUUGUUUGGGAUUCCAUUAUUAUCCCUCUCUGCGUAAGACUCUGAAAUACUUGAAUAUUUGUUUGAGUGCGUUCAGUGAGGUCUACUAUGCAGAUGGCAGCUUCAUACAGAGAACCAAGAACACUGUUAUGACAGGCGGAAGAUAUGUUGUGGAUGCUGAACUGAGAUCUCGAAGAAUUGUGGACACAGUUCAGUAUGCUUCUGUUGAUUUCAUUAAAGCCUUUUGGUCUGUAGCUGAGACUGACAUCCUGACUCAGUUGCCUGGUAUUGUGGGACCUGGCUUGGCAGUCCAGCAAGUAGUGAUUGUGCCAUGUGAAGAGCAGCAAGUCACAAAGUUGGAUGGGACAGCAACAGUUGUUAUCCCUCCCCCCCAUUCACAUAUCGAGGCCAGGCCCAUCACCUGUCACCUACUCUCGGCUCAGUUGCGUGAAGGAAUGGUAGGCGCCAAGCCAGGUGAAAAGGAAAGCAAAGGUCCACAACCAUUGCCAAAGUCUGAGUACCUCCUCAUUCAUUGUCAUGGCGGGGGCUUUGUGACGCAGUCUACUAAAGCACAGGAGGUAUUCUUACGUGAGUGGGCAGUUGGAGUUUCUGUUCCAAUGCUUUCUGUUGAUUACUCCCUAGCCCCAGAAGCUCGCUAUCCUCGUCCUCUGGAGGAGGUGUUAACUGUUUACUCUUGGGUUCUCAAUAACAUGGAACUCCUUGGAACCACGGGCAAGAAGAUUGUUCUAACAGGGGAUAGUGCAGGAGGCAACCUCAUAACUGGCCUCACCAUCAAGUGUCUGGAGUUGGGUAUUCGGCCACCCGAUGGUCUCUUCCUCGCCUAUACUCCCUUUGUAUUUGAGUUGGUCCCAUCGCCUGCUAGGCUACUUGCUGUCAUGGACCCUAUGCUGCCUCUAGGAUUUGCUCUUCGGUGUCUAAAAGCUUAUGCUGGUGUGCCAAGUGGAGGAACAUCAUUAGCAACCACUCCAGGUGAUGCUACCAUAUCAACACCACCCCUGCAUACCCCAAAGCUCCCCACUACACCAGAGCAUUGUGAGGGAAACCCUGAAAUGGCACCAGCAACACUAGAUGCAGCCCUAGAGGUACCCCAGGGCAGAGUCUCUGACACCCAGAGUGACAACGAGUCAUUUGUAGAGGUUUCAGAGAGUGAUGUCAAAGAAGCUGAAUCCUUAGUCAAGAGUCCUUCAUUUGCUUCUGAGCCAGGGUCAGACACCCUCACGACUGUCUCGCUCACAUCCGAGGCCUCCAAAAUGGACGAUUCCUUGACAAGGAAGAGCAAUGGCAGUGGAAGUCAGAAACCGCAGGAAAAGGAAGAGAGAUCCAGAAGAUAUGUAACAGAAUUUUUAGAAAAAUAUGUUCUGGACUCACGUACAGAUAAACAGGGUCGAAGAGUCCCCAUCCUUCGCACAGGAAGUGAAGAGAGUGAACAGGAUGAUGAAACUGUCUUAUUUGAGGCCCCUGGUGUAGGUGCAGGAAUUACAGCCAAGCUAGGAAGAGCUAAAGAUGCUGUAGUUAGUGGUAUAUCUGCUGGUCUCACAUCCUUUGGGCUCAAAAGAAAAGAAAGUGCCUCGUCUCCUUCAUCGCCAACUCAACCAUUCCCCAAAACUGUUGCUGAAAAACGACCAUCCCUUGGUCAGAUCUUGAUGGGCAAAAGUCCUGAACGCAGAAGCAGUCGGUGCAGUCUCACUGAGGAGUUUAGUGGAGUAGAAAUUAUCCAUGACCACUACUUGAGUCCACUGACAGCUCCCAAAGAAAUACUUGCAAAAUUUCCACCUUGUGCAAUUUUAACUGUUGAAUAUGACUUCUGUCUGGAUGAUGAUGUUACCAUGGCCAAGACACUGAAAUCCCUCAAUGUCCCAGUCACCAUUGACAUUUUGGAGCGCCUUCCUCAUGGUUUCCUCAGCCUCUCCAUGGUAUCUCAGGAGGCGCAUGUUGGAUGCAAGAGGGCUAUUUAUCGCAUCCGAGAGCUGCUUGGGUUGAAUGAAGAUACGCAAGUGAAAGAGAAGGAUAAAAGUUAGACUUUAAUACUACAGUUAAGAUGUAAGAUGAGUGAGACCUUCUCAUACUUUCCUUGUUUUAUAUUAAUUUAUUGUAAAGCUGUACUAUGCAUUUUGCAGAGUUUGAAAUAGCAUAAUAAGAUGUACAGUUUAUUUUCUCACAGAAAAUUGGUAAUCUCAUCAUCCAAAGAUUGGAAUAUUUUUGUGGAUAACUGUCCUUUGGGUUGUACUUCAUUUUGUUGAAUUGAAGCAUCUAAUACCAAGUUACAACUACACCAUAUCAAAAACUACAGAAGAAAAUAUGGCUAUUUUAUGACUAAACGAGCAAUCUAUUUCAGAUACUGAUACAUGUGAAUGUUGUUAUAAUUAGGGAAAUAACUGAUAUAUAGCAAAUGGUUGUCAAUGCUAUAUACAUUUGUCCUUAGCACAGUUUGUGUAGACAAAAAAGACUAAACAGAAGAACAAUAUCUAAUUUCUGCAUAGGUCCUAACUGAUAGAGUAAUGCAAUUAAGCACCACUACCUUUUAACCCUUAAAUGACAUAGCUUAAAACAGCAGUGCAGUGUUGUGGUAUAAAGUGUUCAUGGAAGUUAUGAGGAAGUUUUAGUAAAAUACUGAGGAAUAAAUUGGGUAAGAUUUGCUCUUUGGUUAUAGUGAUUUAUUAUUAUGCAAAAUAAUUAACAAUUCCAGUGAAGAAGGAUGAUGUCCAUAGAUAUUUCACAAUAGAGCAUAAGUUGAUACUAAAUUUACAAAAGUCAGUUAUUUAAGGUCUUUAAGAAAUAUCCGACUUCCCCACUAGAUUUCAAACUCUAUUUUGAGUUAAGAUUAUUUCUAAAUACAGCAUUUGAUUAAUAAUUCAUUCAGUUGACUUCUUUAAUGUGUACUUCACUCCAUGCUUUCUUGUUCAGAUUAAGAAAAUGUUAAAAUUUACUUUAUAUGUGGAUAUUGUUACUGAAGGGAAUUGCUUGGUGUUCUGAUGAAGUAGCUGAUGAUUAAGGGUUAAAGACCAUUUAAAAUGAUCUGGAACUUACUCUUGCUAAUGAGGUGAUACCAGUAAGUAUUAUUACUUUGUAUCCGGUGAUUAAUGAGCAGAUAUAUUUUCUUUUUUAUGAGUUGAAUCUGUGAUAUUUGCAAUUACAGAAUGUAAGUGUUCAUUUAUCAGCAGUGAGUUAACUGCUGCUAUUAGGGAAAUGUUAAAAAAAUUGUGUAUUUUAACCAUCUACCUUGACAGUAAAAGUCUUGUGUGAAAAAGUUAGUUUGGGAAAGUGUUCUAAAAGCCUUUCUUCAAGUAUAUAGAUUUUGAUUAAUAUGUUUUUCCCAAGUUACUAUGAUUUCUGUUGGUCAUUUACAUGAUUUCACUUGUAGGUUUCAUAUUAGCUGGAAAAGAUACUGUAUGGCUAUUUAUGAGAUGAUAUUACUGUAGAAUUCUGUGUACUAUUUUCUUUAAACUGCAUUAUGCAAGACUGACCUCAUUAAUUGUAACUGGUUUAUUUGAUCCAAGACUUUGCCAGCUCAUCUGUAAUUUUAGAAGGACAAUGAAGAUUGUCCUGUUACUUACACAAUGCAGAUUUCCUUAGCUAAUCCCUUGCAGUACUGUUGGAUUAAAUAAUGUCCUCUUCAAAUUCCUUGUCCAUUAAUUUUACAACUUCACCAAGUAUCUGUAAGCAGGAAUCCAUUUAGGAUGCUCAUAAAGUAUGCAGGGAUUUUCUAGUGUGCAAUUGAAAGUUUGCUGACUGGCAGGUUUAUAUGAAAUGUGAAAGAUGUUUUAAUAAGUCCCUUAAGUUCACUCCAUUUAGUCAAGGGUGUAGAAAGAAAAAGAUUUUUUGACUAUGAACCAGCUGCAGUUAAUGAGUUUUUACUUAAAGAACUAAAUAUAGGUAAGACUCUUACCAAUGAAAAUUUUAUUAGUGAAACAAUAGAAAACAAUACAUAUAUUAUAGUCUGUAAGUAUGGAAGUAUUUUGUUUCUAAUAUUUCAUCAUAGAAUAUUGCUUAGAUAAUGCUAGUGUUUAAAGUGAAGGGAAAAUUUCAGCUAUAUAGUGAGUGUGAGUACGAGUAUGAGUAUGUGUGAGAGUGUGGGAGUGUGGGAGUGUGGGAGUGUGGGAGUGUGGGAGUGUGAGAGUGUGAGAUUGAGAGUGUGAGAUUGAGAGUGUGAGAGUGUGGG